GUGUCGCGGAUAUUUAAUGUCACGUUGUUUUUUCGUGUCGCGUGGGAUUCUUCAGUAGAGUCGAUACAUGAAUUAGUUCUGUAAUAUAGAUAUAUUUUCUGGUAAGGGAUAUAAUGGAAAAGACUGCGCAAGAAGACCUCGUCUUUUUGGAGCUCAGACAGAAGCUGCAGAGCGGCCUCUUGUUCAUCCGCAGUGACGCAGUCAGGGAUGAUGCAGAUGUGAGGGUGGAGGGUAAAGCAGACUCGCUCCUGAGCGUCCAGACCCCUGCCAGGAGCUACGAGGUGCAUCUGCCGUCUGCUGUGCGUCUGGAGGAGACGUGGAGUCAGAGGAGUCCAGAUCAAACUCAGCACGAGUCCCAGUUCAGACUGAGGCUCAGGGUGGAGUGCCUCACAGAAGCUCCGUGCAGUGUGAUUGGACAGCUGCGGGUCGCUGAGACGUACUCCUUCCUGUGCCAGUCUUGUGGCUCCAUGGUGCUUCAAGACAGGGCUUUUGGGCGAGUGCUUCCUCUGCCCAAUGGAAACUGGAAUGCAUUAGUGGACGACUGGUGCUGCCACCCGGAUCCCUUCGCCAACAGGAAGCUGCUCCCGCGAGACGGAGACUGUCUGCUCGGGGACACGUUUCUUCUGCUGGCUCGGGACAGCAGCUGUGAGCAGACCCUCGUACGGGAAGAGAGCACGCUUCAGAAAGCCUCUGCAGAGCAUGGGCGCAGCAGCAAGCGUGUGAUGGUGUCCUGCAGGAGCUGCUCUGCGGUGCUGGGACAGGAAGUGACCGCAGAGGUGCUGAAGAUUUACAUAACUGAAAUAUUAGUAAAGCCACGUGAAGAUGGAAAGUGUGAUCUAACACGGCUCAGUUUAGUGUCCCAGCCUAAUUCAGAAAGGCAGAGAUUCCUGGAGCGAACGCUAGCGUCCCGGCUGGUCGAGCUGUCAUCCGCACAGAAUACAUUUCGCUUUUCCAUCCAGAACCCAGAUGACAGAGCUGUGAUUUUGCUGUGGCUUCUGAACACGGACACCCUGGUCGCCUCAUUUCCAGGGGGCGACAGCUUCAUAUCCGCAGACAAGGAUCAUCCCGGAGAGCAUCAGUCAUGUCGGGCCGCUCAAGCAGUCAAAGUGCUGUACAUCCUCUGCUCUGACAGCAAACUCCAAGAAAAUGUUUAAAAUACCAGAAAGAAGUAUUAAUAAUAAACUGAAGGAAGUACAGCUGUAAAAAGUGUUGAUCUGUAAAUGCACAAGCUGAGAGAAGUGCUCUGAUCCCUCCCGGAGAUGUGUAAUGUUCCCAUGCUAAGAGCUUGAGGAUGCUGUGAUCACAGAGGGAUUGUGGGUGUGCGCUCUGCACUUCACUGUGUCUCUGACACCAGAAGGUCGUCACGACUCUCUACUCCUCUUACCUCGUCUCGCUCACCUUUAUUUCAAGUGUACAUUCAUUCUGCUGUUUUCCUUCCCUGUGCUGAAUCGUCUCUCCUCCACGCUGUAAGUAGAGGUGCGGAUCAAAUGAUUCAUGAUGCUCAUAUACAGGCCCCGAGCCUUUAUGCUAAAUAGACGAUAGUGUUACAGGAACCAGACUUUUGACUGCUUACAUAAUGUCUGCUCGGCGUUGCAGUUCAGUCUGGCCAGAAGCUGCUCAUUUAGACAGCAAGUGACUGACUGAUGUAAAAAACUAAACUAAUAAAGCAUUUUUAUGCCAUAUUAAUGGUAUAUAAUCCAGCAAUAAAUAACACCAACCUGCAUCAUAUUUGCUGAAUGAAUUUUAAAAUCCAAACAUAGUUUCUGUUUUGCUAAAGCAAGUCGCACUUUCACAGAAAACAUGAUGCAUUUUGUAGCAUUUUUGACAAUCAUUUGUAAGGUGAAGUCUUGUAUUCUGCCUUAAUCAGCAGAAAGAACUGCUACAAAGACAUGGUUCCUGUCUUCCUCUGAACCAGAAUACAGCCCAUUUUCACAUGUCAGGAUUAGGAAUGAAACAAUACCAUGUUAUAUGCUUAAUCCUGGUUUCAAAACUCAAACGUUGGCCAGUGACAGAAGAAAAUGCACAAAUGAGCCAGAUGUGUUCUGCUGCAUCUGCAUGACAGAAGAUUAUAUAUUUUGUGGACCAAAAGCUUAUUUUGAAAAGUUGAAUAAUAUAUUUUUAAAUACUUAUUUUUGGUUUUGAUAUUUUUGAACCAUGUUAAAGCUAAUGAAUGUAAUUAUAAAAUAUGUUCAUUCUUAUUUUGUGAAAAACUGUACACGAUGGAAAGUUGUUAUCAUCAGUAUAAUCAAACGCGAUAAUAUCAGGCCUUUUUUUGGAAAUCAGCAGAAUUUCUGUUUUUUAAGAUGCAAGACAUCCGGUAAAUUAAAUAUGUAACACUUAGCAUGCGCAUUACUAGCAUAUAGACUAUUUGUAAGUACUUAUAAAGCACAUAUUAAUGCCUUAUUCUGCACGACCAUAUUUUAGAUCUCUUUGUCCUGCCCCAUACUUAAAUUUAACAACUAUCUUACAAAUUAAGCAGCAAAUUAAGAGUUUAUUAAAGCAAAAGUCAUAGUUAAGUUAAUAGUGAGCACUGGUCCCCAAUCUAAAGUGGGACUUGAAACACACAUAUGAGCACAGUGAGUUGAACAGUGUAAUUAUAAAGCAAGUUGCAACAUUGGACGGCAACCACAAACGACCUACAGUCACAUAACGUCUGUUCAGGAUGUCAGCAGUACAUCACAACACAACAAACACUAAAUUACCCCCAUUAUAAUCAGCAGAGCUCUUUACGCUCAUCCGUGACACAGCUUGGCGGUUAAGUUCAAGUUUGCUGAUUGCUGUCAGGUUUUUUAAGCUAAUUGGUGUCGGAUUAUGAACUAUAUAACAUCAGAAGUAAAGCAGAAUCACUACUGGCUGACAAACAUCGCACAGUUUCCACUAUAGCUUUCACUGUUAUGUAUUUAAAUAUUUAAGUUACUCUAACCAUGAAAGAUUUAAUGCUAUGGACCUUGGGAAAUUUGGGAAAUUUAAUGACUAGUUGUUCAUUGUAAUUAGCCUGGGAAAUUUUGAAGUUAAUAUGAAAUGGAAAUUCACUAUAUUCACUAUAUUAUCUCUGUAUGCUGUUGCAUGCUGUUGUAAACAGUUAAUCUGUGCAUGUAAAUUUUAAUUCAUGUGAAAUGGCAGGCUUCUCUCUAGUGAAGACUAUGGGACAUAUCCAAUAAUUUAGUGCACUUUGACUCCGCCCCUUUUUUACAGUUGACUUCAAGCUCAUCAUCCAAUCAACAAACAGUGCACGGUUGAGGCUUAGUUUGCUAGUUGUUUUCCUUACAGGUGAUUUAACUUAUGUUUAUUUUAUUUUUCCUGUCCUUCCAGUGUGAUUUUUCAUCACUUCUGUGCCAUGACUGAGCCUGGACCUUUAUAAAUUAUGAUCCAAGCUAGAAAUAGAAAUUUUUCCUUUGGUGUGAACACUGCUCUGUUCAGAUAUUUUGGGGGAAACCUUGUCGUUGUUUGGCUUCAGAUAUUUAAAAUGAAUUGUCUACCCCAAAAUCAAAAUUUUCUGUAAAUAUGCUCACCCACAAACCAUCGAAGAAGCUGUCCAAAUUCUUCAUCAGAUUUGGAGAAAUGUAGCAUUGCAUGCUCUGGAGUGAAUGGGUGCCGUCAGAAUAAGAAUCCAAACAGCUGAUAAAAACAUCACAAUAAUCCACCGCACUGGAUCCUCCAGUUAACAUCUGGAGAAGACAAAAGAUGCAUGUUCGUAAGAAACUAAUCCAUCAUCAGGAUGUUAUAACUUUAAUCCGUCUCUAAUAACCUAAUAACGUUUCCUCCAGUGAAUAAGUCCAUGUUGUGAUCAAACAUCAAAACCCACCCAACAUAUUUGUUUAGAGCUUUUUUGUACCGUUUUUGCUUGUAACAGUGCUUGGUCUGUGCAGAUUUCUCUCCUUUUUCACUAAAGGAAACAUUAUUAAGCUCAUUUCCAUUUUUGGGAGAACUAAUCCUUUAAGAGAUGACUGACUUAAAUAAUGAAGAUCUUGUAAACGAGCAACCGUUUCAUUGGAGGCACAGUCUUAGCUCAGACUUCCCAUUGCACUUUGAAGUAGAACAUUGUGUCUGAUAUCAGAAGUACUCAUCAGAAUUAAUUACUGUUGUGUAAUUGACCAAAUGGUACAAGAGUGUCUGAAAACGCUGCUUGUGGUAGUGUAAGAUGCUUGUCUCUCUGGGCUUCUCCAGCGUUUGUGCUGCAUGUGCGCUUUCUGUGGAGUCGCAGCACAGAUGGGUAAAUGUCAGUGAAGUGUCCUGAAUAGAUCAUCUCCAUAAUGUGUGUCAGGACAUAAGUCUCUCCGUUUCUCCGCUCGCUCGGCCGUCUGCAGUGCAGCGUAUUGACAGAUUACUGUGACAUGAUUAAUACAGUACUGUUUCAAACUGUCAGUUCAGGUCCAGCUGCUUCUGCGGGUGCAGAGUUGUGGCACAGAGGAAGUAACGCUUUCUGUUUGCACCUUCAGUCCGUGUUCCUGAGAAUAUUUGUUCUAGCUCACCAAAACCUAUUUUUAUUGGUUCAGAGGCUUUAGCUGCCUGAACAGAAACACCAGAGCUGUUCACUGUGCCAUUUGGACAAAGAAAAUGUCAACUAAUAUAAUACAGAACAGUUUAUUCCUUUAUUAAAGGGUUAGUUCAUCCAAAAAUCUAAAUUAUGUCAUUAAUAACUCACCCUCAUGUCGUUCCAAACCCGUGAGACCUCUGUUUAUCUUCUGAAC